AUGGUGUACAGGGUGUUACAUAGUAAAAACAAUCACAUCAUGGACUCUUAUCGCGCACAAGCACAACAAAGUAGAACGGAAGAGAGUCUACUAAAAGCAGCCAUCAGAGAUCCCGACCCAGUGGUGGUACUCGAGGAUGAAAUUAUGUAUGGUGUUGCAUUUCCCAUGUCUGACGAGGCUCUUUCAAACGAUUUUGUUUUGCCAAUUGGCAAGGCAAAAGUGGAACGUGAAGGCAAACAUAUCACGCUCGUGUGCGCGGGCAGAGCCACGGACACGGCGCUGCAGGCCGCCAACGACCUGGCGGGGGAAGGUAUCGAGUGCGAGGUGAUCAACCUGCGGUCGCUGCGGCCGCUGGACUUCGACGCCAUCGCGCGCUCCGUGGCCAAGACGCACCACUUGGUGACGGUGGAGCAGGGCUGGCCGCAGUCGGGCAUCGGCGCGGAGAUCUGCGCGCGCGUCAUGGAGUCGGCCGCCUUCUUCGAGCUGGACGCGCCCGCGUGGCGCGUGACGGGCGCCGACGUGCCGAUGCCCUACGCGCGGGGGCUGGAGGCGCGCGCGCUGCCCGCCAGAGCCGACGUGGCGGCCGCCGCGCGCGCCGUGCUGGGCAACAGAAUCCAGCAAGCCGCGAGUCAAUAGCCAAAGCCAGCGAAUCUCUAGCGAAAUGAAAGGGUUUACACUGUAAAUAAAUCAUUAUUUAUUAUUUAUACGGAAUAUAACAUGCACGGAAUCGUCCAGACGCUACACUUUUACUGUCCGAAAACACGCACGUUUGUAACGCGUUCCAGUAAGUUGUCAAUUAAAAGAACUAGAUAAAAUGCUGUCAAAAACCCGAUUACGGAUAAAAAAAAUACAAAUUAUAUUCUCUUAGCAUUGAAUAUGCGAUCUGGCAACGUCACUAUUUCCUAUCACUUGUGAAGAUUUAAAUUAUUUCUUUGAUUAUUUAUACGUUACGAGCAAUUUAAUUAACCGGGCAUUAUUAAUACGGGGCGAUCAUUAUAAAUAAUAACCAAGAGCAUCGGCCAAAUUAAUAAAUUUAUUUCUUAGGCUGGUCCGUAUUAAUCAUGCUCAACUGCACAUUUGAUAUAUAGAAGCUUAUGAAAGCGUGAAUUUAUCACUUCGACCAAGCGACAUGAAUAGUUCCCUAGUUCUACCGGGCAAUAACCUAAAACAAUAGAGACCAUUUGUGUUGUUUACUUUGACCAAGAUACGGUGGAUUCAUACUGACCGGGAAAUAUGAUUAACGCGAGCAUUGUGAAGGCAAAUUGGUCAUUAUCUAUAAUGACUGGGCGUAUUAAAUUGCUCGUGACAUAUAUAUAUAUAUAUAGAAUAAUUCAUUUUAAUCGGUAUAUUUUAACGAUGAUCAUAUAAUUUUAAUGGAAGGUGUGCUUUGUGUGUCACUGUAGUGUAUCCCCUAGUUUGCCACCCUUAUAAGUGGAAUAUUUUAUUCAAAUUGAAAUGGUACCACUACUGAGGCACCCUCUUUCCAACAAAAAAAUAAUCAAAACAGUCCAAUUGAGAACCUCCUCCUUUUUUUGAGGUCGGUUAAAAAUACUAACCGCCUGCAGUACAUGAAAUUUACAGUAAGAUUAGCAUAACAACUACCCUGUCAAAAUCUAACGGUGACCCCUCAAGGGUCAUCCCUACAAUCUAUCCAGUGUAGCCAUUGACCUUUGUUGUUUGUGUAGCCUUAAAUCGUGACCUUAAAAUAAAUGUAGGUCGAAAAAUAGAUAGGUAAAUGAGCGAAGGGACGAAAAAUUGAGGUUGGUAGCAGAAUAGAGGUACACGUAGUACAAUGUGUGUAGGGGGUAAUAAUCUCACUGCCGAUCAAGCAGUGAGAGGAUACUGUAAUAAAGCAUUAGCACGAUAUCAUGUCCCUUCAGCGGACAUCCAAGUGGCUAAUAAAUAUUAAACUUAUUAAUAUACACAAGUAUUCCUUUGUAAUCUACAAAUUUCUAAAAAUUAUGUCGCUAUAGGUUUACGUAGUUCAC